CAAGAGUUUGCUAUUUCAGUGACUCAAUUAAUGUCAGUUUUGGUGGUUCGAUAUCAGCUGCAAAGGAAUUAAAAACUCGUAUUUCUUAUAAGAAAAGAAAUUCUAUUACUCAAAAAUAUGGCCUGUAAUAUUACCAAAUUACCAUUAUUUCGUUCAAUUUCGAGCCGAUCAUUUGCUUCCGCCGCUAAUCCGAAACCAAUAGGUGGGGUUUGUGAUUACGAGGUUGAAAAUUCAACUGUAAAUGGUGUAUUAGUCACCUCAGCAGAAAAUAAUUCUCCAAUUACGAGAGUUUCCAUUGUAUACAGGGCUGGAAGUAGGCAGGAAUCAAGUGAUAAUCAAGGGGUAUCUCAUGUAUUGAGGUUAUGCGCAGGAUUAACAACAAAAUCUGCUUCCCAGUUCAUGAUUACUCGUAAUAUUCAGCAAGUGGGAGCAAGUUUACAUUGUACACUUGAUCGAGAAACAAUCUCAUACACUCUUGAAGGUACCAGGAAGGCAGUGGAACAAGUUUUGCCAUUUUUAUCUACAGUUGCUACAGAACACACUUUCAGGCCAUGGGAAGUUGCAGAUAUAGUUGGUAGAUUACGAUUGGAACUUGCCACACGUCCACCACAGUUUAGGACUGUUGAUCUCCUACAUAAAGCUGCUUAUAGAACUGGACUUGGUAAUUCUCUGUUCAUUGCUAAAUAUAACAUUGGAAAAAUUGGGCCCGAAACUUUACAACACUUUGUGAAUUGUAAUCUUACUGCUGAUAAAGCUACUGUUGUGGGUCUUGGAGUGGAUCAUAAAGAAUUGACAUAUAUUGUUGAAAAAAUAAAGUUUCCUGAGUUGGCUGGACAACCUAUCAAUCCUUCUCCUUAUAAAGGUGGUGAAAUAAGAUGUGAUAAAGGGGGAGAUUUGGCCUAUGUGGCUAUUGCUGGAGAAGGGGCUGGACAUAACAAUAUGAAAGAAGCUGCAGCUUGUGCUGUGCUACAAAAAAUUUUUGGAACAGGUUCUUCUGUUCCAUAUGCUCUUGAUCAUGGUAUGUUGAGGAGUUCCAUCAAAGUAACAGACAGUUUUGCUAUCAGUGGUUUGAAUGCCAAUUAUGCUGAUACUGGACUUGUUGGAGCAAUGUUUGUUGCACCUUCAAAUGUAGCUGGACAGAUAACAGAAAAUGUUGUGGAUAUUCUAAAGAAUGGUAAAGUGACAGAUGAAUGGGUUAGCAAAGGAAAAAACCAACUGAAAGCAGCGGUUCUUCUAGCUAGUGAGAAUGGUAAAAGUGUUGUCAGAAAAUUGGGACAAACAGGUGCCCUUACAGGUAGUGGAAUUUCACCAAACCAAUAUAUAAACUUGGUGGAAUCUGUUUCUACUCAAGAUGUGAAUAACGUACUGCAAAAACUUGGAAGGAAUCUUAGUAUUUCAUCAUUUGGUAACCUAACUUGUGUACCAUACUUAGCUGACCUUAAGUAAAAGUUUCAAUGAACCUUACUAUUUAUUAUUCAAAUUAUGUCUGUUGAAGAUUUAAUUAUAUCAAACUCAAAUUUUAUUUACACCAUCCCUAAUAGCAUCAGAACCUGUAUAACAGACCAAAUAAAAGUGUAAAUAAUUGUUA